AUGGCUACCCCCGAGAAGAGAGAGAUGGAGCUGGAACCCAAGUACGACGACUAUGACUAUCCCAUCACGGCACCCGAACCGCGAGAUGGCCACCCAGGCUAUCUGACCGAGCAGCAGCAGGCCCAGGUCCACCAGCUGAGGCUGAUGCUGGAAGCUCAGGGCUUCAAGGAGCGCCUGGACACCCUGACUCUGCUACGAUUCCUGCGAGCUCGUAAAUUCGACGUGAACCUGUCCUUCCAGAUGUUCGUCGACUGCGAGAAGUGGCGGAAAGACACCAAGCUCGACGAGGAACUGCCCAACUGGGAGUACCCCGAGAAGAAGGCCCUGUUCCAGUACUACCCGCAAUACUACCACAAGACCGACAAGGACGGCCGACCAGUCUACAUCGAGCAGCUCGGCUCCAUCGACCUGACCGCCAUGUACAAGAUCACCACCGCCGAGCGAAUGCUGACGAACCUGGCCGUCGAGUACGAGCGCGUCUCGGACCCCCGCCUGCCGGCCUGCAGCCGCAAGGCCGGCCACCUGCUCGAGACGUGCUGCACCAUCAUGGACCUCAAGGGCGUCGGCCUGACCAAGGCGCCCCAGGUCUACGGCUACGUCCGCCAGGCCUCGGCCAUGUCCCAGAACUACUACCCCGAGCGCCUCGGCCGCCUCUACGUCAUCAACGCCCCCUGGGGCUUCUCCACCGUCUGGAGCAUGAUCAAGGGCUGGCUCGACCCCGUCACCGUCCAGAAGAUCCACAUCCUCGGCAGCGGCUACCAGAAGGAGCUCCUCGCCCAGGUGCCCCCCGAGAACCUCCCCAAGGAGUUCGGCGGCACCUGCGCCUGCGCCGAGGGCUGCGAGAACAGCGACGCCGGCCCGUGGCACGACGAGCAGUGGGCCCGGGAGCCCAAGUGGGCCAAGAAGGGCGAUGCGUCGACCACGAUCCAGGGUGCCCCCUCCGAGGUGCAGGAGGGCAAGGCCGCGGCCGAGGGCGCCGCUGCCGCCCCUGCACCCGCCGAGGAUGUUGCCGGGGCCAAGGCAACGGCUUAG